GACGGCACUUAACUAAAGUAUCAGAUCUCGAGUCAGCCAUUUUGUGACUGUGUUAAUAUCAAGGAUCGUGAUUAUUAUUUAGUGUUGAGUGUGCCGCUUAUUUUAUAUUAUCUUAAUCUAAAUGAUUCAAUAAACAAAUAAACCCAUUAUCUGGUCUUCUUACUCUACAUGUACUGAGUGUUAGGCUUACUUGUAAAUUCAUAUAUUUAGAUUUCUACAAUGGAGGAUAAAGCGUCACUGAAAGAGCUUGAUCAGUGGAUAGAGCAGCUAAAUGACUGCAAACAACUGACAGAAAGUCAAGUUAAAACUCUGUGCGACAAGGCUAAAGAGAUCUUAGCUAAGGAGUCAAAUGUCCAGGAAGUAAAAUGCCCGGUGACAGUAUGUGGAGAUGUCCACGGACAAUUUCAUGAUCUGAUGGAGUUGUUUAGAAUAGGUGGUAAAUCUCCAGAUACAAAUUAUUUAUUUAUGGGAGAUUAUGUCGACAGAGGUUAUUAUUCUGUCGAAACUGUAACUCUACUAGUGGCACUUAAGGUGAGAUACAGAGAAAGAAUAACUAUUUUAAGAGGGAAUCACGAAUCCAGACAAAUUACACAAGUUUACGGUUUUUACGAUGAGUGUCUACGCAAGUACGGAAAUGCGAACGUCUGGAAAUUUUUUACCGAUUUAUUUGAUUACCUACCCUUGACUGCGUUGGUCGACGGUCAAAUAUUUUGUUUGCACGGUGGUCUAUCACCUUCCAUUGAUACCUUGGAUCACAUUCGUGCUUUGGACCGUCUCCAAGAAGUACCACACGAGGGACCAAUGUGCGAUCUAUUAUGGUCAGAUCCGGAUGACAGAGGAGGAUGGGGCAUCUCACCUCGUGGUGCCGGUUACACAUUUGGCCAAGAUAUUUCUGAAACAUUUAACCACUCCAAUGGCCUGACUCUUGUAUCGCGAGCUCAUCAGCUUGUUAUGGAAGGCUACAACUGGUGUCAUGACCGUAAUGUUGUAACAAUAUUUUCUGCACCUAAUUAUUGUUAUCGUUGUGGUAAUCAAGCUGCGAUUAUGGAAUUGGAUGACGCUUUGAAAUAUUCAUUCCUACAGUUUGAUCCAGCACCACGACGUGGAGAACCACAUGUCACCAGGCGGACACCGGAUUACUUCCUCUAAGGAGUUAAAAUAUCCAGAUGAUAGAUUUAAAACUAAGGUAGGGGCAUGGAACGACGCUGGUUUAAUAGUGAAGCCAUUAAAACAUAAUCUUUUAUUGAUAAUAAAUAAUAAAAUGUGUAAACAUCGGUAAUAAGUUUAGUAAGAAAUGUGUUGUUGAGUUUGUCGCUUAUGCCGGCAACGCGUGAGCUAUUUUCUUACAUAAACAAAUCCAUAGAUUUGAUCCCAAGUAUUUUAACUGUAUCAUCACUAUUACAUGGCCCUUUAUCAACAUUAAGCCGAGUAAUGUGACUAAUUAAAUAAACGCCUGCGUCUCCAUUAACAUGUACACACCACACACAUACUAGACAUGUAGACACACUACUAUUUUACACAUUAAGUAACAUUAAUAAAUAAAUAAAUAAUAAUAAUAACAAUAAAUAAAUAUAAAUAAUAUUGUACACAUGUAACAACUUUACCGGUACGAUAAUUCUUUUUUUAUUGAAUUACCUAAUUAUCAAUCAAUCGCUUGGAUUUUUUAUCAAACUAAACAAUUUAAAAGAGUAAACCUCACACAUCUCGAUUGUAUUUAGUGCCCAAGAGUCUCCGUUUUGUUAUUAUUAUUUAAAUUUAAAAUUUAUUUUCAAGUAUUUUAUUAAAACAAAUAAAUAAAUUGUAAUAAUUUUAGUUUAAA